GUAAAUGACUGAGGCUCUACACUGACCACGCCCCCCUGACAGGUGGCCCAGGCCCCGCCCACCUGAUCCUCUCCUUAAAGCCUUUCCAUUCAUCCCCGGCAUCCAGAGGAAUCACAGACUGAGGCCAUGAGCGUCGCCCUGGUAACUGCUGGUGCCGUGUUCUUCCCUGGACUGUACCUUCUGUCCAAAUGGACGCUCAGACGCCUGAUGGGGUGGAGCCAAGGAGACGCCGCCAUUGCCUCCACACGGCUGGUGUCGUCUGUCCAGGCCAUCAUGGCGUCGUCUGCCGGUUACAUCAUCACCUCUUCCUGCAGAGACAUCAUCGAGGACAGACACUGGUUGGCUGAUGCCUACAUCCUCUUUGCGACUCCAUACUUCGCCUACGACAUCUACGCCAUGUUUCUAUGUUACUGGCACAAGCUGCAGGUCAAAGGUCACGAGGACGGUCGGGUCCGGUCCAUGGGCGCCGCCGUACCUGGAUACCUGCGCCGAGAGGCCCUCAUGGUUAUGCAUCACAUCUUCAUGGUGGCCUUCUGCUGCCCCGCCUCCCUGUUUUGGCGCCAAGGUAAAGGAGACUACUUCCAGGGGGUCCUGUUCCUGGCCGAGCUCAGCACGCCCUUCGUCUGCCUGGGGAAAGUCCUGAUCCAGGUAAGACCUUCACCCAGGACCAGAACCUCAUUGAUCCCCCAGUACCAGAAGCAGAACUCGGUUCUCCACAAAGUCAAUGGUGUGCUCCUGAUGUUCACCUUCUUCUGCUGUAGAGUCCUGUUGUUUCCGUACCUGUACUUCGCCUACAGCAGGUUCUCCUCCAUCCCCCUGACCUCAGUGCCCCUCGUGGCCCCCUGGCAGUGUAACCUGGGGGCCGCCCUGCUGUGGCCCCUCCAGCUCUACUGGUUCGGUUUGAUCUGCAGAGGCGCCGUCCGGACGUUGACGGGACGACGGCGGUCAACCUUCAACCCUGACGGUGCUCUGCCUCUGAACCACAGCGGCAAAAACUGAACACAACCUUUGACCCUCAGUUGCCAGUAACACCAUGUUUUAUGAAGAUAUUUAUUUAUAAAUAUUUGUAUGAAUUUAUUUAAUGAUUAAAGCUGAAAAAUAUCCAAUUAGUUUCUCAUUUUCAUUAUUUGACUUAUUUAACUCCAGACUUUGAUGAAUAACAAUGAAACAUCAGAAAUUAAACU